AAAUGUGAAUCUGUGUAAAUUGUGAGUGUUUUUUGUGUACGACAAUUUUUUGCUAGACAAUAUUCUAUGUGGCGUUAAAUGUUGGCGGUGUACUCGUGACUCGAACUCGUACUCGUGAAUUUAUUGAAUUGAAUUGAUUAAAGUUAUUUCCAAUUGCAAAAUUAGUUAGUGUUGCUUAAAGAAAUAUUUACAAAAACAUAUACAUACAUAUAUUAAUAUAUACAUAGAUAUUGGACGGUAUAUACAUGUGUUUAUGUGCAAGUAUUUUUGCUAAAUUUAUUAAUAUUGAAUGUAUACACUUUUUGUGCUACGAGGAAAGGACAGACGGACAUUGAUAUACUCGUUUGUAAUAUCAAUUAUUGUAAUAUCAUAAGCCACUCUUGGACCAGAAAAGUUCGACCCUUAAGCAACCGAACAAAGGACAUAGAAACGCACACAGAUCCUAGAGGUUGGGGUGUAUAUCCAUUGUGUGUGUUGUGUCCUGGCAACUUUUUACAUAAGCACGGAAAGUCACUGGGGGACUGCCACCUGCGGCUACUGGUGCGUCCACUCUAAGCAGGGUUCCCGUCUUUAUUUUUAUUCAACGCUCUGCGUGCUGUUUGGCGUGUCCUUGCAACGUGACAGUUGCCCCAAGGAAGCCGUCGCCACCCGCCUGGAAGUAUGCAAAGGAAUUUCACAACGCCAAUAAGAAAAAACGUGGACGUAGACGUAAAAGUAAACGUGAACGUAAAUGUAAGCGAAGCCCGACAAUGGCCCACUUAAAAUUGGACACCCUCCACGUGGCCAGUCCCCGCAGCCCGAGGAGUGGACGCAGCCUCUCCAGUGGCAGGAGCAGUGCCUGCAGCUCUGGCAGCCUCUCGCCAGUGCCCAUCAUACCGAUCAUUUCGAUUAGUCGAGAUGGCGACGACACCGAGUCGGAGUCGGAAAUUGAAACGGAGCCGGCACGCCUCUUCCAGCGUCGCAUGUCCACCAAGCGCAACAAUAAUCUGUCUGCCAUCAUUAAAGAGGGUUUCCUGCUGAAGCACACCUGGUCCUUUCAGCGCUGGCGACGUCGCUACUUUCGCCUGAAGCGAAAUAACUUAUUCUAUGCCAAGGAUGAGAAGUGCGAUGUUUUCGAUGAGAUUGACCUAUCGGAUUUGUGUUAUUUUGAGUGUGGAAUCAAGAACGUAAAUCAUAGUUUUCAGAUAAUCACACCCACUCGUUCUCUGGUGCUCUGCGCCGAAUCCAGACGUGAAAUGGAGGACUGGCUGGGCUCUCUGAAGACGGCCACGGCCCCGCAGCGUCCGCGUGGCGACAGCUUUCUCAUCGAACAACAUGACAUCCUGUCGAAUCACCAUCACUGGUAUGCCACGUCGCAUGCGCGACCCACCUACUGCAAUGUGUGCAGAGAUGCCCUAUCCGGGGUCACAUCACACGGCCUCAGCUGUGAGGUGUGCAAGUGUAAGGUGCAUAAGCGGUGUGCGGCAAAAUCGAUUGCGAACUGCAAGUGGACAACGCUGGCGAGUGUCGGCAAGGACAUCAUUGAGCAGGCCGAUGGCAUCAUUAUGCCGCAUCAGUGGAUGGAGGGGAAUCUGCCAGUGUCCGCCGUGUGUGCCGUAUGCAAGAAGACAUGCGGCUCGGUGUUGCGACUGCAGGAUUGGAGGUGCCUCUGGUGCCGGGCCACAUGCCAUGUGGCCUGUCGACCACAGAUGGCGGUGGCCUGUCCCAUUGGACCGGCCAAGCUAUCCGUGGUCCCGCCGACCAGUGUGCAUUCGAUCAGCACCGAUGAUGCCUGGGAUGUGGCCAGCCCCAGGGGCAACUUCUCGCCCCUCCUCGUCUUUGUCAACUCCAAGUCCGGCGACAAUCAGGGCGUCAAGUUCCUGCGACGCUUCAAGCAGCUUCUCAAUCCCGCUCAGGUCUUUGAUCUGAUCUCCACGGGUCCCAGUCUUGGCUUGCGACUUUUUCGUCAUUUUGAGAUGUUUCGCAUUCUGGUGUGCUCGGGCGAUGGCUCCGUGGGUUGGGUCUUAAGCGAAAUCGAUCGUUUCAACAUGCAUAAACAAUGCCAAGUGGCUGUAAUGCCGUUGGGGACUGGCAACGAUCUGGCAAGAGUUUUGGGCUGGGGCUCCAGCUGCGACGAUGACACCCACUUGCCGCAGAUUCUGGAACGCUAUGAAUCUGCCAGCACCAAAAUGCUGGAUCGCUGGAGCAUUAUGGUCUUCGAGAAGGCCAUUGCAGUCCCAAAGAUACCCAAAAUGUCGAUCACCACGGAACAGGAGGCCAUGCUCACUGGUAUGGUUACCUCGGCGAAUCACCAUCUGCGCUUCAUUGUCGAUACGAAUGAUACCCAGACGCUGAUCACUUCGACACGAAACCUUUGCGACACCGUCGACGAUCUGGUAUCCCGCAUUUCAGAGCAUCACAAGGAGGACGAACAAUUGAGCGUCAAAUGCGAUAUCCUGAAGCAAAAGUUGAAUAUGUUACUGGAUGCCCUGCAGGAGGAGGAGAUGGGUGCCCAUAGUGGUGAUGAUUUGAUAGCAACCAUAAGGAGCCUCAUAGCCCGAAGUAUACAAUCCACCCCGGGCGCCAAUCCAUCCUUACUUAACCCAAACAUAUCAAUCGAAAAGACCGAAAAGGAUCAAAUCAACUCGAAGGAACGCCGCAACAGUCGCUCCUUGCGAUCCAGUGAGAAGGAGGCGCUCCAAUGCCGGGCAAACAGCGUGAAGCGGGCCAUCUACAAUGUGGUGGAGCACUCCGAGCCAGGACGACCCAAGCGCUAUCAGCGUAAGCUUUCGAUCACGCCUUUUGAGGCGCUCAAGUUGCCAACAAAUACAUCUGGCGACUCCACGCCGUGUGGCUCACCAUUGCCCAUCAUCCCACCCAUCAAUAUUAUAUCCCCCACAAUGGAGACCUCUCGCCUGACCUGCAUCUCUCCGUUGCCGGACACUCGCCGCGAUUCGGUGGAUGAGAGCUUCUUCAACAGCAUCAAUCUCCCAGCCCCUCGCCAAUUUGCGGACAGUCGAAGGAGCUCAGGCGUGGAUGUUAUCCAAGAGAUGGAGGAGGGACCCCAUGGGGAGACAGUCUAUCGCAUGGGGCGCAUGUCGCUUAGUGGCGGGGCCAACAUUGACGAUGCUGGCAAUCGUCUUUCGCCCAACAGCGAUGGAGGCGACAACACGCCCACCGAUCGUAAAGUGGACUUCCUGCGAGUGCCCAUAAUAACAGGCGAGCCCCUUGUGGACCCCCUCUCUGACUAUCGUCCCGUAGAGGUAUUUGAGCGCACCUAUUACAUGACCCGGGAGAUGGACAACGCCAAAGAUAAAGAGAAGGAAAAGGAAAAGGAAAAGGAAAAAGAGAAGGAGAAGCUGUUGAGUCAGGAGAGCAGUAUUUUAGAUGUGGAAAAAGAGGACAACAUGCUUACAGAGAAGCAGGCACUGGUACACACUUGUAAUCUGCAGGUACCCGACAUUGUCGUAACCCCCAACUCCCAAAAUGUAUACUCAAGCGCAAGUUUAACAAUCAUUGAUACCGAUGCACAGACCACCACUGAUCAAUCCUCUUCCGAUGAGAUGGCAGGCGAGGCCAGCGAUGUCCUCUCUGCCAUUAGCAAUGAGGAAUGCAGCGUGGCCUCGGAGAUAUUUGACAAGCAAGAUGCUGGUCAGACUUUGGGGGAUAUUAUACAGAAUCUGGAUGCCAGCAACUUUACGCAUAUUGAUUCACCCGAAACGAGCGAUGAAACGGAGGCCAUGCCUGGCGAGAGUAUCAUGGAUGACAUCAGCUCCGUGCUGGGCCACGAUAUAACUUAUGCCCUGCAAGACACCAUAACCGAUGACACCACCACUCUCUGCUCGGAGCACGUGGGUCCCCCGAAACCGCCGCGCAAGAAGUCGCUGAGCGCCUUGACCCACACGCAAACGCAUCCAAGGAGACGCAACUCCUCGCCGCCCAGAAUGGCAAGACUAGCGCGGAUGGAUAGUGAUGACAAUCCGCAACAGUUUGGGUUCGAGAACAUUGUCUUUGAGAUAGACAAUCGAUGCGAUGAUCAGAAGAUGAGGGAACCGCCGCGCUACUGCAGUUUGGCUCAGUUCGUGGAAGGUAACGAUAUAGCGCGUCAGAGCUUCAAGCAGCUAAUGCAAGAACAACGGAGCAACGAAGGCAACAAUCCGAAUCCGAAUCCAGCCAACGAUAAAGAAGACACCGACAUCGAUAUUGCCACAGUACAAACGCCAACGAAUGCGCCCCAAUGUGUGGUGGCGAUGCCGUCGAGCGAGGAUGAAUUGUCGCCACAAACGGCGAUUAAAAUAGAAAUACACGAUGUUGACUCUGUGACAGCUGUGCGCAAUUUGACCAGCAACAUGAAAUCGACAUCGCCCACCAAGAAAUCGGGCCAUGGACAAGAUGUAAAGCGCAUUACUUUUGAUGAGUCGUGUAAGAAAGAAUCCUUUGAUGAUGUAAAUCCCAACUAUCCACAGAUAAGUGUUGUUGUCAGACCGCCGACACCGUUGCGCGGCGACUGCAUCAAGCCCGUUGCCGUUGCCAUGUUGUCUGCCAGUUCAUCUGGUGGCUGUGGCAGUGGCGGUGGCGGUGGCUUGACCAUGGCCUGCACGGGGUUGCUCGGCGUUCGCGCCAUGAAUGCCUCAGAGAUCCGUCGGCACUCGAGUCAUGCGCCCAGCAGUCUGGCUGUUCGUGAAUUCGACAAGGACAAAGAUCGCCGUCACUCCGGCUUCAGUCCCAAUCAAUUGACAUUGGAUCCGGAGCAUGCGCGCUUUCUCAGCAGCUCCCCAGCCGCCAGUCGCAGGAUAAGCUGUGGCAGCCUCUUCAAGAAGAAAAACCAAAAGGUUGCCACGAAACGGGGCUAUGGAUUGUUCAGAGUUCGGUUCUUUGUGGUCGCCGAACCAGAUAUACGCCUGGCCACACUGGCGCUUAUCAGGCCGCUCAUACCUCUGCCGAACGAAGCUCUGCCCAAUCUUCAGACACUCAAGGGCUCCAAAUCGAGCCUGUUCAUGGGGUCAACGCUGUUCGGCUUCGAUCACUUUGCAGCUGGCGAUAAGGAAGACAAAGCUGGUAAGGACAAAGAGAAGACUCCCACAGAGGAGUCUACUAGAAAGUUACCCAUCAUCAAUCCGUUGGUUCGACUACCGAAUUGGCCAAAUCUCGCUAAUGGGGGUGGCUUCAUCUCGAAAUGUCUGCUGGCCAAUGCCGAUACUUUGUGUGCCGCCGUCAGCCCAUUGAUGGAUCCGGAUGAGACCCUCCUGGCCGGCUACCAUGAGAAGUGCGUAAUGAACAACUACUUUGGAAUUGGGAUCGAUGCCAAGAUCUCACUGGACUUCCACAACAAGCGCGAGGAGCAUCCAGAGAAAUGCCGUUCCCGUGCUCGUAAUUACAUGUGGUACGGAGUCCUUGGCUCCAAGCAGCUGCUCCAGAAGACCUGCAAGAAUCUCGAGCAGCGUGUGCAGCUGGAGUGCGAUGGACAAAGGAUUCCCCUUCCAGAACUGCAGGGUAUUGUUAUUUUGAACAUACCCAGCUUCAUGGGUGGCACCAAUUUCUGGGGAAACACCAAGAAGGACGACAUCUUUCUCAGCCCCAGCUUUGAUGAUCGUGUGCUCGAGGUUGUCGCUGUCUUUGGGUCUGUGCAAAUGGCAGCCUCUCGGCUGAUCAAUCUGCAGCACCAUCGCAUUGCCCAGUGCCAAAGCGUCCAGAUCAACAUCCUGGGCGAUGAGGAGAUACCUAUUCAAGUUGAUGGCGAGGCAUGGCUGCAGCCUCCCGGCAUGAUUCGCAUCCUGCACAAGAAUCGGGUACAGAUGCUGUGUCGCAAUCGGAGUCUAGAGCUCUCCCUGAAGAGCUGGCAGGAGAAGCAGCGUCAGCACAGCAUCUCAAUACAGAGGGAUGCAUCCUCUACCGCUUCUGAGCACGCAGUCUCCACGGAUGAGGUGAUCUCCGAACGGGAGUGCUAUGUCCUCCUCAAUUUCAUUGAGGCCGUUAGCUCUCUGGUCAAGUGGGUCAAGUUCUUGAUCAUCUCCCAUCCCGCACUGCAACACGAUCUCUAUUGCGUUGCCUGUCGCGCCAGUGAGGCUUUGGAAAGCAUUCAUCCGCAGGGAAAGCUCCUCGAGGGUCCAUCCCUUCGCACUAACUUGGUAGAGGUGAUUGAUUCCUCGCGACAGCUCUAUGACGACGCCUGUACCUUGCUCCGGGAUCGUGGACAUAGUCUAAUCCUAAGAGAAGACCUGGAGACGAAGCUGAGUGCAGCUCUGGCCAACAUGGAAAUGGAACUAAAGAAGUGCUCUGUGCAAAAGUGCAUCGACGGCAAGCUACGGGCAUACUUUAAUGUUCUGGCGCCCAAUGAAGAGCCCGAUGGUCGCCGCAAGUCAAGACCAUUCUGGGUGCGCCUACGCUCUGGAUCGACAGCUGGACAGCAGCAGUUCAAGUCUCCCAUCAACAACACACGCGAGGCGGCCAACAAUUGGAGUGUCAACGAGGUAGUCACUUGGUUGGAGACCAUGCAGCUAUCCGAGUAUGUGGAUAGCUUCCUAAAGAACGACAUUCGCGGCAAGGAGCUCCUGACUCUGGGUCGUCGCGAUCUCAAAGAUCUGGGGGUGGUCAAAGUGGGUCAUGUAAAACGUAUACUCCAGGCCAUCAAGGACCUAAGUGAGAAUUAAAAAUGGCAAUAUAACGAAAGGUUCCUGUUGUUAAGAGAGUUAAGAAUAGUGAAGGUGUACAACCGGCUAGUACAAAGCAAAUUAGUCUCCGAAACGUGCUCUUAGAGUUGGAAGAUAGAGAUGAGAUAUAUGUAUGUAAAUGGAUAUGGAUAUAGCAGAGAGUGUAUCAGUGUAUAGGGAGUGCUGACGGAGUAUAUGGGAAUGUUAAUAUUUGUAGAGGGACAACCAAUGCAUACAACAAUCACUAAUUUAUAGGUUAGCUUAGCUAAUGUCAUGUGCGGGAACCAGAGCGACAAACGAGCGAAAAUUUCGAUAACGAUAAGAAAAACGAUAGACGUAAAUGAUGCCGUUUAUCGAUAUUCUUAUACAUGUUUAGGCAUAGCUGAGGAACUCUUCAACCAAAAUACUUUUGGAAGAGAAUUCUAACUUUUUUCCUGCUCUUAUAAAUGUAAGUUAUACCCCAGAUGAAAGAAAACUGGAUGUAAUUUUGAUGUUUUAUGUGUACUCAUGUCAAAUUCAAGGAUUACUUUAAAAUUAAUUGGCAGUUAAACGAAUUUAAAAGUAGUGGCACAUGCAAAUAUUUAACAACAAAAAGAGCAGUAAGUUUUUAAGUGUUUAAAAAUUCAGCCCCCAAACCUACAUUUAAUCGAAAUAGAUGAACCUCACAGAUAAUCCUUACACUUACCUUUUGAAUAAAGUUUGAAUAAAAUCCUAGAUAAACCCAGAUACCAAGAGAACCCUAGAUAAUGCUCUAACCUUAUGACUAACACACAAAUAUGAUUCUAAAUUUAAAAGCAAUUUAAAUUUUACACAUCCAAAAUCCAAAGAAAACCCAAAGAAAAUCAAAAACCAAACUCAUCGUUAUAUUAAAUAUACUUAUACAUAUAAUUGUACUUGUACUUCUAUAUAUAGUUAUUGGAAACUAAAUUUAAAUGUUUACCCCCUACUGAUGCUAACCUUAUGGGCAUAUACGAGAACCAUUACUCUCGUAGAAGCUGCAACAAAGAAAAGUCUGUUAAAAGUGUCAUUUUUGUGGUAACCGAAAGCAACUCUAACUUUUUUUAUUUAAAUGAAUUUAGUUGUUAAGUCCAGCAACGUUUUUUAUGCUUAUAAGUUUAGGUAAGAACCCCCCUGGGCGGGUCCAAUUCCCUGGUGCCGGUUGCCAGGGAAAUCCCCCCUAAAAAACAAAUUCAUUUUUGGUACUAUAUACAAGGAUAUGGUAUAGAAAUUUAGCUAGCAUUGGGAACACGGACAUGGGUGUUCGGAUAAAACCUUUUUGGUAUACCUUUUAAUUGUUUAAUUUUAAGUGAAACUAAAAAAACAACACAACUUUUAUCAAACCAAAUGAAACAUUUAAUUGUUAAGAACAAAAUUGUGCUAAAUAUUUUCAUAAGUCACCCCCUCUUCGAUUUGAACCAUUGCGUUAAAACCUUUCUAUUCCCAAAAUAAAAUAUAUAUACAUAUAUAGCUGCAAAAUGAAUAGGUUAUAGGUAGUCCACAGAUCUAAAUGUCCCCCUACUGUUGCCUUUCAAAUGUUUUGCUCAGAUGCCUCCCAUUGAGUGAGUGUUUGAAAUGGCAUUACCCCAAAGUAUUCUUCCGUAUAACAGAUCACUUGAGCGACGUCUAUAAUAUUAUAUUUUUUGAUAUAUAAGUAUAAAUGAGCCCAGACCAACUCGAUUGAUUUGUUGUAGUCUCAAGAAAAGUCUUUGUUCUAUUUCUUGUAUCCCCAAAAUGCACCACUAGCAAUACCCAUGAUUCUGACACAUAUUUGUGAAACUAUUUACGCUUACGAUUAAUCUAUAUAAAACCAAAAUCAAUUUCAGACCCAUGAUUAAGAU